GUCUUUAGGGUAAUGUCAUGACUCGGGGAAAAAAGUUUUUUUGGGUAUUUACAUUAAUUGAAAUCUAUCUGUUCGUGCACGACAUCAUAAUAGAUAGAAGGAUGUAAGAUUCUUGGCUCAUUUUCUCAAGACUCCAGUUAGAUUUCAAUUAAUGUAAAUAGCCAAAAAGAAACUUUUUUCCCCGGGUCAUAUAUGACCCUAAAGACGCGAAAGAGUUAAUCCUUGCAAUUUUUGAUUUAUCCUUGGAAUUAAAAUUAAAAAUGAAAAUGGACGAUUUCAAUCAUUUUUGGAAGAAUAUAAGAUAUUUCGUAGGAAUAAUCGGACAUGUCCUGUGGACGAAUUUUUUACGUUGUUUUAUGGGCAGUAAACCAACAAAACAAGCUGUCAAAGAUCACGUUGGAAAAUACCCAAAAUAGUGUCCAGAAAAGUGAAAAUAGCCGCUAAUUGAUUGUAGAGGGACGUGCUAAGUGGUGCCAGGAGGAAAAUGAAUGACUUGGAGAAGAGUAUCUUCGACAGGAUCUCCAAGAAUGAGGUGACUGAGCUCAAAACAGCGCUGCUGGAGCUGAAGACAACCGUGGACUUUGUGGAUGAAAAUGGGAUGACUCCGCUGCAGCAUGCCUGCUACAAGGGCAACAAAGAGAUUGUGCAGAUGUUCCUGGACAGGGGAGCCGAUGUGAAUGCCAGCAAGCAUGAAUACAACUACACAGCACUGCAUUUUGCCGCUCUAUCCGGGAAUGUGGAGGUCUGCCUGCUGCUGCUGCACGCCGGAGCUGAUGCCCAGGCAACAAAUUCUGUGGGCAGGACAGCUUCCCAGAUGGCUGCAUUCGUGAGCAAUCACCGUGUUGUGGCCGUGAUUAACAACUACGUGCCAAAGGGCGAGAUUGAGUACUACACAGUUGUCCAGGGACAGCAAACCGAACCCUAUCUUCCUCCUCUGCUGCUGGAUUCCUUCCACAAAUUCGUUAUUCAGGUCAAUAUGCACCCAGUGAAGAUCGCCCUGACACUGCAGCGCCUUGGAGGCUUUGCUGAGAACCUCAAGACCAUCCGGAAGGUGUUGGAGAUGAUGUCUGAACGGGAGGUUCAGCGCAAGAAUGACAUCAACGAGGUGAUGAGCUUCAAGUUCCACUACCUGGGCUACGUGGUGAGCGAGAUCAUCAAGUGCCGGGAGUACUUCCAGGCUCGCAAGGAGGCGGGCAGUGAGAUGAAGAGUGAUUUUGUGGAGUUGUUUGCCAAGAGGGUGCUCAAGGAGGGAAAGCAGGGAGUUCUGGACUACCUGGAGUGGAUGGUUAGGGAAUGCGUGAGAGAAUUCCCAUUCCGUGAUUUCACCAUCUUCAAACAGAUUGUGAGUCAGCUGGCCAACAAGGACAACGAGGGAGCUGCCCUGGAUGUCAUCAAGUGGGCCAUCUACGGACAGAGGGGCUUUCAGGACACAGUCACAUAUUGCAGUUCUUGCGGUGAGGAGAAACCCGACAAGAAGUGUUCAAAGUGCAAAGAGGUGCAAUAUUGUGAUAGGGAAUGCCAGCGACUUCAUUGGUUCAUGCACAAGAAGACGUGCACGCGCCCCGAAGCCGCUGCCAGUAAUUCCUCGGGUGCCGGCGCAGCUAAGAAGGAUCUCGAUGUGGAGCACAUAAGUAGUGAAUUGCAGAAUUUAAUGAGCAACUAAUGAAGCCCAAAUAGAUUUUUUCUGCCCUUCCCUCGUGUGAGUAAAAUCCCCAAUUUCCGUUUUUGUGGUUCAUCUUCCCAAACGAGUUUUUUUUUUAAUAAUCGAAUCGCGAUCUUCAGAGUUUUUGAGAGACAUUUUUGCACUUGAGUGUCCUUUCUGUGUUUAAAGGAAAUUUGCUGUUGAUGUAAGUUAGACUUUGUGAAUGGCAAAAAGAGAAAGACGAUUUUGGAGAAAAAAAAUUGUAAAAUGAUUCUGUUGCGGAGAGACGCAAGAUAUAGUGGAAAAUUAAAUUUCUAUCAAUUUUAAAUGUAACAUGCCUAGAGAAAAUAAUCAUUUUGUCUCACUGGCAA